ACACCUGUUGUGCCUCCUUAACGCGAGGCAGAUGUGUGAGCCGCGGCAAACGCGCAACCUCGUCGCUUCCACGUCGGCGCCGGGACGCGGCGACACAAUGGCUCGUUGUGCGACUAAUUGAGGGUUUUGCCGUUGCCGUGGGCAAAUGCGCAUUAAGGCUCGCGGUUCGCGCGGUCGCGUUCAUUAAGGCAUUCCGACGCGGAUUGGGGCGACGGAGCGCGCGCGGCUUUACAUAAUAAAGUGCACGCUUUUUCACGUGAGACGCCCCUUUAAAAGCGGUUACCCUGCGGCCACGCCGAGGCGCAUCGUAAACAAGAGGGUGGAGGGGAGCGGGAAGUCUGUGGCAGCCGGACUUUGUUGUGUCGUGGGGGCUUCGCGAUGGUCUCGUCUUCCCCUUUACCGGAGGGCUUCUCCGACCUCGACGUGUUCUCCCUGGGAUCGUGUCUGCUGGUGGAGGGUCUGCUGGGCUUCGUUCUCAAUGCUGUGACAGUCGUUGCCUUCCUCAAAGUGAGGGAGCUGAGAACCCCCAGCAAUUUCCUGGUGUUCAGCCUGGCGCUGGCGGACACGGGCAUCUGCAUGAACGCCACCGUCGCCGCUUUCUCCAGCUUCCUGAGGUACUGGCCCUACGGCUCAGAAGGAUGCCAGACCCACGGUUUCCACGGCUUCCUAACGGCUCUCUCCAGCAUCCACUUCAUCGCCGCCAUCGCCUGGGACCGGUACCACCAGUACUGCACCAGAACGAGGCUGCAGUGGAGCAGCGCCAUUUCUCUAGCCAUAUUUAUUUGGCUCUUCGCUGCUUUCUGGGCUGCCAUGCCCCUCUUUGGAUGGGGAGAAUAUGACUAUGAGCCCCUGAGGACCUGCUGCACGCUGGAUUACAGCAAGGGGGAUAGAAACUAUGUGUCUUACUUGAUCCCCAUGUCCGUUUUCAACAUGGCCAUCCAGGUCUUGGUUGUCAUGUCCUCCUACCGGUCCAUUGCAGAGAAAUUCAAAAAGACUGGAAACUCCAGGUUCAACCCCAGCGCUCCUCUGAAGGCCAUGCUGUUCUGCUGGCUCCCGUACGGCAUCCUGGCCUACUAUGCUGCUGUGCAGGACGCCACCCUGGUCUCCCCGAAACUCAGGAUGAUUGCUCCCAUCCUGGCUAAAACCUCUCCCACCUUCAACGUCUUCCUGUACGCUCUGGGAAAUGAAAACUACAGAGGAGGCAUCUGGCAGUUGCUCACGGGAGAGAAGAUCGUGCCUCAAACUGACAACAAGUCCAAAUAAACAAGCACACGCACACACACACACAAGCAGUCCUGAUGGUCUUUCUCAGGUACCUACUGUACGUGUAGAUGUUUCCGUUUGUGGGUGUGCUUCAGCAUCAGUAAGGUAUUGUACAACAUCUGUCCUGGAAAGGUCCUUUUGUGUCUAAUUUUGUGAAAUCAUUGACAUGUUGUGCAAAUGUACAGCGCUUAUGUUACGAAACUGAUGGACGCUAUUGAUGUUGGGGGGUCGCCUUACAGCUUACUGCAGCGUCUCUGCCAGUGAGACGUGUGGUUCAUUACAGCAGGCAUUUCCUGACGUUGCCUUGGAUGUGACAUGCACCCAGACCGAGUAGACGCUAGACUUCUAGCACACGUUAGUUUCACCUGGGUUCAGAGAUUCUGUACUAGUGCAAUCUGCUAAUGGAUCCCCCAACACCAGGUUCUUCCUUUUAAAUUCAUUUUUUAUUUCAUAUUAAAGAUUUGACAUCAUAAUUUUUUAUCUACAGUUUGAUCCCAUCUGCCACAUUCUACUACUAAAGGUGUUUCAGACGAAGACAAAGACGAACCCUAGCCUUUUCUGUCAGUUAGCGCCUUAUUCUUUCAUUGCUUCUGGCUUUUUACUUGCUACCGUUUGGCUCAGCUGGUUCACUAACAGUUAACCUCUUAAGCCUUGUGACCUGCCUCCAUGUUCUCCACUUGUCUUCAUGUUAUCCUUGCCUCUCUGUGCUCAAGUUUGCCACAUGUUUAAAUGAUCUCUUGUGUGUUAGUGUAGCCUCUUGCUUGUGUUCGCUAAUGUCCCUUUUGCAAUCAGCAACAGGGACCUUUAUAUGUGAAGGGAACAACCUCUAACAUAUUACUGUCAUAAAAGAGGAUUUACAUUUAUGAGAUUUCUGACCUCUCUGGUCUGCAGACAGUCAAUAAAGCAUCCUUCCUUCUUA